CAUCAAGAUUAUUCCUAAAACGAGUUCUCCCGGUCGGGAGAUGAAGUGCGAGGAGGGCGAAAGUGCGCGGUCACCGCCGCCGCCGCUGCUGCCGCCGGCUUCGCUACUCGCUUGGAGUCCUAUUUUACUACCACCAUGGGGACCUGCUUUUCUACCGGCACUUUACCCGGCGGCUUUUCGUUCAGCAUUUCCUGGAUUAUUGGACAGUAUGAAGAUGCCCGGUCAGAGACCAGGCUUCCAGAUCUCCGAUAUCCUUGGACUCAAUGAAGGCAAAGGUCUAGAAAACAACACCACCCAGGGAGGGCUUGGUUGCCCUUUGGAUUUACCGUCCUAUGCACCUCCUCAUCAUCCAUAUUCACAUGAGCUUUUGAGGCAUCACCAGCCGUGGCUGUCUAUGGAUCAUCAUGAGAACAACGGUACUUUAGGCCAGCAAGCAAGUCCCGAUAGUACAUCUCGUGCUUCGGAAUUAUCUUAUGUCGGUCCGUCGGCAACAUCGCCACACCUCGCAGAGCCGCGCUCCGACCACGACCAUGAGCACGAUGAUCACGACAUCGAACAAGACGAGGAAAAUGACCACGACCACCUCAAUGCCUCAAACGAUCCCAACCUAACGCAUAAAAAACGAAAACGCCGCGUUCUCUUCUCUAAAGCACAAACGUACGAACUAGAGAGAAGAUUUCGCCAGCAGAGAUACUUAUCUGCCCCCGAAAGAGAGCAUCUGGCCAGCUUGAUUCGACUGACGCCAACGCAAGUGAAGAUUUGGUUCCAAAAUCACAGGUACAAGACGAAACGUGCUGUUCAAGAAAAAGGCGCACAUGACUUGAACGUCGGUGGAUUGAAUUCUCCACGACGUGUUGCCGUACCGGUUUUAGUAAAGGAUGGUAGACCUUGCGUCGGCAAGCCGGACGGAUUACCUCCCCUAGGUAUGGCUUUACCUCCCUACCAUCAAUCCAUGCAUCACCAACAAGUAGCGGGCCAUCCGCCUCAGUCGAGCGGCUGCUGGUGGUGA